GCGUCAGUAAAUAAAAGGUAAAUAAUAAUAGCCUGUAAAGCUGCUCAGUUUAAUGGCUUGAUAUAUGUCAUUAGUGUAAACAAUUAGCUGUUGUCAAAUGUGGCGAACAGUAAGUGCGUAUGGCCACACUUUCCUAUUUCAUCUUUAUGGCGAAUUAACAAUUCUUGUGUCAUUUUGUAGUCUGAUGCAGCUGUCGCCUGCAGUCUGGUGUUUCGGCGGAGCUUGGGGUAGUCGGAGAAGAGAAUCAAUUUGAACUUCAGUAACCCCGACUCAUUAUGUUUCUUUCUCUCUCUCUGUGACUACGGGGGCGUUCAACGAAUUGCUCCAUCACUGGCUGGAUCUAAGAGCCCUGCCUCUUUUCUCAUUGGACUGUGCAGCCAAGCCAAGCUGUCAGCCCAUGUGGCGUGGCCAGGCAGAAUGUGAGACAUUUAAAUCCAUCAGAAAAAAAGAUUCAAAGAAGCAGAGGCUUAGUUAACCGUAUAGACAGUGAAACGACAGAGACAGCCAUUCCUCCCUACAGUUACAGUAAGAGGAACACCAUCUGGGCAACACAGUAAUUCAGCAUGGAUGAGAUAGUCAUAGCAGGGAUAUCGGGCCGUUUGCCCGAGUCCAACAACCUGGAGGAAUUCUGGGAAAACCUCAUCAAUGGUUUGGACAUGGUGACGGAGGACAACCGGCGGUGGACACCAGGUCUGUACGGUCUUCCAAAGAGGAAUGGUAAAUUGAAGGACAUCAGCCACUUUGAUGCGGCAUUCUUCGGAGUCCACCCCAAACAGGCCAACACCAUGGACCCCCAGCUCCGUCUCAUGCUGGAGAUUGCCUACGAGUCUAUCGUAGAUGCAGGACUGAACCCAGCCACACUGCGUGGCAGUAAAACUGGCGUCUACAUCGGAGUUAGUGGCUCGGAGGCUGGCGAAGCGUUUAGCAAAGAUCCAGAGGAGCUCCUGGGCUACAGCAUGACUGGCUGCCAGCGUGCCAUGUUGGCCAACAGACUCUCCUACUUCUUUGACUUCAGCGGCCCCAGCACUGCCAUCGACACAGCCUGCUCUUCUAGCUUGCUGGCUUUAGAAAACGCCUUCCAAAGCAUUCGCCAGGGCCACUGUGAUGCUGCUUUGGUGGGAGGGGUCAACCUGCUGCUCAAGCCAAAUACCUCGGUGCAGUUUAUGAAACUGGGCAUGCUCAGUCCUGAGGGGACCUGCAAGUCCUUUGACUCAUCAGGAAAUGGAUACUGCCGUUCUGAGGCAGCAGUGGCAGUGCUGCUGACCAAGCGGUCUGUGGCUAAAAGGGUCUAUGCCACAGUGGUCAAUGCUGGCAACAACACAGAUGGAUACAAAGAGCAGGGUGUAACGUUUCCUUCAGGUGAGAUGCAGCAAAGGCUGGUUCGUUCUCUUUACCAGGAGGCAAAUAUAACUCCUGAGCAGGUGGAAUACAUUGAAGCCCACGGCACGGGAACAAAGGUUGGUGACCCACAGGAAGUAAAUGGCAUUGUCAGCGUGUUCUGUCAAUCAAAGCGAGAGCCUCUGCUCAUUGGCUCCACCAAGUCCAACAUGGGCCAUCCCGAACCGGCUUCUGGUCUGGCUGCCCUGGCUAAGGUGUUGCUUUCUUUGGAGCGAGGAUUUUGGGCUCCCAACCUGCACUUCAACUCUCCUAACCCUGACAUUCCAGCCUUGACCGAUGGUCGGAUUCAAGUUGUUGACCGGCCUAUUCCCAUCCGAGGCGGCAUUGUAGGCAUCAACUCCUUUGGAUUUGGAGGUUCAAAUGUUCACGUGAUCCUUCGUCCAGCUGAGAAACCAGCAUACGCGAAUGCAUUGCCCAGGACAGUUCCAAGGGUGCUUCAGGCCUGUGGUCGUACAGAGGCCGCCGUAAAGGCCAUGCUUCAAAAGGGGAAGGAACACACUGCAGAUGACAGCUUCCUGUCUUUGCUGAAUGAGGUGUCAGGUGUUCCUACUGCCAGCAUGCCCUACCGAGGCUUUGCUUUGAUUGGCUCUCAGAGUGACGUCAUGGAGGUGCAGCAGGUGCAGGCCACUGCCAGGCCACUCUGGUACAUCUGUUCAGGUAUGGGAACACAGUGGGCAGGUAUGGGCCGCAGUUUAAUGCAGCUGCCAGACUUCAGAGAGUCCAUCCUGCGAUCAGAUGCAGCACUGAAGGACACCGGCCUGGUUGUGUCUCGCCUACUCAUGGACGCAGAUGAUGCCACUUUUGAAGACACCGUUCAUGCUUUCGUUGGCCUCGCAGCCAUACAGAUAGCUGAGAUCGACCUUCUCACUAAGCUGGGUCUGCAUCCUGAUGGCAUUGUAGGACACUCAGUGGGAGAGCUGGCCUGUGGCUACGCUGACGGCUCCCUCAGCCACAGUGAGGCCAUCUUGGCUGCUUACUGGAGAGGCCGCUGCAUCAAGGAGGCCAACCUUCCUCCAGGAGGCAUGGCUGCAGUCGGGUUAACCUGGGAGGAGUGUAUGGCUCAAUGUCCUAAGGGAGUGGUCCCAGCCUGCCACAAUGCUGAGGACACCGUCACCAUCUCUGGUCCUCAGGAAGCAAUCGGUACAUUUGUGUCCGAGUUAAAAGAGCAGGGAGUGUUUGCAAAGGAGGUGCGCAGCGCUGGUGUCGCUUUCCACUCGUACUACAUGGCCUCCAUUGCUCCAACCCUGCUGGCUGCCCUAAAAAAGGUGAUCAAGGAGCCACGGCAGCGUUCCCCCCGCUGGGUAAGCACCAGCAUCCCUCAAUCUGAGUGGGACUCUCCUCUGGCUCUGUACAGCUCGGCUGAUUAUCAUGUCAACAACCUGGUGAGCCCUGUGCUGUUCCACGAGGGCCUCAGUCUGGUGCCUGAAAACGCUGUGGUGGUAGAGAUAGCGCCUCAUGCUCUGCUGCAGGCCAUCCUGAAGCGCAGUUUGAAGUCCACAUGUUCCAUCCUCCCCUUGAUGAAGAGAGGCCACACCAACAACCUUGAGUUCUUCCUCUCAAACAUUGGCAAAAUCUACAUGAGCGGCAUCAACGUGGAUGGUAACAGCCUCUGCCCAGUGGUGAAGUAUCCUGUGCCUGUUGGUACCCCUCUCAUCUCCCCUUUGGUACAGUGGGACCAUGCCCAGACCUGGGAUGUCCCCAAGGUAGAGGAUUUUUCCUAUGGCUCAGGAGGAUCCAAUUCUGCAUUUGUCUAUAACAUCGACAUAAACCCAGAGUCUACAGACUACUACCUAAUUGGACACUGCAUUGAUGGGCGUGUCCUAUACCCAGCGACGGGUUACUUGGUGCUGGCCUGGCGUACCUUGGUGAGAAGUCUGGGGGUUGUAAUGGAAAGCACACCUGUAAUCUUUGAAGACAUCACAAUCCACAGGGCCACCAUCCUGCCAAAAACUGGCUCUGUCCAGUUAAAGGUACAUCUCAUGCCUGCCACCAACAAGUUUGAAGUUUCAGAGAAUGGAAACCUGGCUGUCAGUGGUAAGGUCAGCAUUCUGGAGGAUGCAGCCCUUGAUUCAUUCCGUAGUCAGAUAAGUCAGCAAGCUGCCAACAAUGAUGGUGACCCCAAAAUGAAGCUCACAGCCCAUGAUAUCUACAAAGAGCUCCGACUGCGUGGCUAUGACUAUGGAAAGACAUUCCAAGGCAUCUUGGAGUCCAACAAUGCAGGAAACAGUGGGAAACUUGAGUGGACAGGAAACUGGGUGACCUUUCUGGACACCAUGCUGCAGAUGAUUGUGGCCGGGCUUAUAGGUCGUAGUCUGCGUUUGCCCACUAGGAUCCGCUCAGUGUGUGUUGAUCCAGCUGUCCAUCUGGAGAAGGUCUGCAACUACACUGAUGGAAAGCAAGCCAUGGAUGUCCACGUAAAUCACUGCCUAGACAACAUUGUUGCUGGUGGAGUCCAGAUCUGCGGUCUGCACGCCACUGUGGCCCCCCGUCGACAACAGCAGCAGAGUCCCCCCACCCUAGAGGAGUUUGUGUUUGUUCCCUAUGUGGACACAGAGUGCCUGGCAUCCAAUGGGAAACUUGCUCAACAGCUGAGGCUCUGUAAAGGUUUAAUCUGUAGACUGCAGCAAAAGUUGGCCCCCCAUGGUGUCAAGCUCUCCAUCCCCGGCUUACAAGGGGAGUCAGACGGCUCUCUUCCCAGCCCCGAGCCCUCUGAGCCCUCCCUGGUGCGGCUGCUGGCCCUGCUCUGUGGCCUGGAGCUUAACGGGAACCUUCGAUCUGAGCUAGAACAGACUGUGGAGAAGGAGAGGGCAUGUCUGCUGCAGGACGGCCUGCUGCAGGGCCUGCUAGACAACCAUGCCCUCAGACACUGCCUGGACACCACCAUAGAAAACCUCAUGCCCGGCAAGAUCAAAGUCCUGGAGGCUCUCUCCAACGAUGGUCAGCUCUUUUCUCGUGUGGUAGCGCUCCUUAACAUCCAACCCAUGCUGCGUGUGGACUACACUGCCACGGCGGCCAACCUAGACCUUCUGACCCCCCACCAGGCUACCCUGGAGGAGCUGGCAGUUGCCUCAGCUCAGUGGGACCCCUUAAUGUCCCCAGUUCCUGGAGGUGUAGUAGGAGGGGCAGACCUUGUGGUGUGUAACCAUGCCUGGGGCCCUCUAACGACGGACCCUGGACUUCUUUUGGCAAAUCUGGCUUCUGGAGCCAAACAAGGGGGGUUUGUUCUCCUCCACACACUGCUGAAGGGAGAGACUCUGGGAGAAACAGUUGCCUUCCUCUCUAGCACUGCUCAGAGCAGCUGCCAGCAAGGACUGCUCACACAGGCUGAGUGGGAGAGGGUGUUCUCUGAGGCAUCCCUCAGCCUGGUGGCUGUAAGGAAGUCUUUUUAUGGCUCAGCCCUUUUUCUGUGCCGCUGUGGGUCUCCAAGCAAACAGCCCAUUUUCCUACCUGUGCACAGCACCAACUACAAGUGGGUGGAAACACUCAAGGCGAUUAUGUUAGAGUCAUCAGACUCUCCAGUGUGGUUGACUGCGUCUCAUGCCCACUGUGGCAUUGUGGGAAUGGUCAACUGUCUACGGCAGGAGCCAGGUGGUAACCGAAUACGCUGUGCUUUUGUGUCCAAUCUAAACGAGUCUUCAGCAACACCGAGCCUCCAGCCGGUGCUGGAAGGGGAUCUGGUUAUGAACGUGUUCAGAGACGGACACUGGGGUGUCUUCAGGCACCAGCUCAUCACUCAGGAUCUAAAUGAAGAAUUGACAGAGCAGGCCUACGUUAAUGUGUUGACUCGAGGUGACCUCUCUUCUCUGCGCUGGAUUGCCUCCCCACUCUGCCACUUUAUGACCAGCAACCUCAACGUGCAACUGUGUCAUGUCUACUACAGUUCACUCAACUUCAGAGAUAUAAUGCUGGCCACUGGAAAAUUGCCUCCAGAUGCUAUUCCAGGUGACCUAGCUCUUCAGCAGUGCAUGUUGGGUAUGGAAUUUUCUGGUUGUGACACCAGUGGUCAGCGUGUGAUGGGGCUGCUGCCUGCCAGAGGCCUGGCAACAAGUGUCGAUGCUGACAAACGGUUCCUCUGGGAUGUUCCCUCCAGCUGGACACUGGAGCAGGCAGCAUCAGUGCCAGUGGUCUAUGCCACAGCCUACUACUCUCUGGUGGUGCGUGGCAGGCUCCGUCCCAGAGAGACGGUUCUCAUCCACUCAGGGUCAGGGGGUGUCGGACAGGCUGCCAUCGCCAUAGCACUCAGCAAGAAAUGUAAAGUCUUCACUACAGUCGGCUCAACUGAGAAGCGGGCCUACCUGCUGGAGAGGUUCCCUCAGCUCUCAUCAGAGUCCUUUGCUAACUCCAGAGACACCUCUUUUGAACAGCACAUCCUGCUCCACACAGAGGGCAAAGGUGUGGAUGUGGUUCUGAAUUCUCUGGCUGAGGAAAAACUGCAGGCUAGUAUUCGCUGCCUAGCCAGACAUGGACGAUUCCUGGAGAUUGGCAAAUAUGACCUGUCCAACAACUCUCCACUGGGUAUGGCUCUGUUCCUGAAGAAUGUGGCAUUCCAUGGCAUUCUGCUGGAUGCUCUCUUUGAAGAGGGCAACCAGGAGUGGGAGGAAGUGUCCAAGCUGCUGAAGGAAGGCAUUAUGGGAGGUGUAGUUCAGCCUCUAAAGACCACAGUGUUUGAGAGGGACCAAGUGGAAGAAGCAUUCAGAUACAUGGCUCAGGGCAAGCACAUUGGCAAGGUCCUCCUGCAGGUCCGUUGUGAGGAGAGGGGUUCAGCAGUUCAAACUGCUUCCCCUUUGUCUUUUCGGGCUAUCUGUCGCACCUUCUGUCUCCCCUCCCACUCAUACAUCAUCACUGGUGGACUGGGGGGCUUUGGUCUAGAGCUUGCUCAGUGGCUGACAGAGAGAGGUGCCAGCAAACUGGUGCUGACCUCCAGAUCAGGCAUUAGGAACGGUUACCAGGCAAAGCGAGUGCGUGAAUGGCAGAGUCAAGAUGUGGAGGUGCUUGUGUCGACCAAUGAUGUCAGCACGCUCGAUGGAACAGAGCGACUCCUUGCUGAAGCCUGCACAUUGGGCCCAGUGGGUGGGGUCUUCCACCUGGCCAUGGUGUUGAAAGAUGGCAUGUUGGAAAAUCUGACUCCUCAACUCUUCCUUGAUGUUAACAAACCUAAAUAUGAUGGAACCAUAAACCUGGACAAAGUGACAAGAAAGUUGUGUCCAGACCUCAGGCAUUUCGUGGCCUUCUCCUCGGUCAGCUGCGGCCGUGGCAAUGCUGGCCAAAGUAACUAUGGUUACGCCAACUCAGCCAUGGAGCGUGUGUGUGAAAAGCGCCGCUACGAUGGCUUACCUGGACUGGCAGUCCAGUGGGGUGCCAUUGGCGACGUGGGCGUGGUGCUGGAGACCAUGGGUGGCAAUGACGCAGUGAUUGGUGGUACCCUACCACAGCGCAUCACAUCCUGCCUGGAGGUGCUCGACCUCUUCCUAUGCCAGCAGCAGCCAGUGAUGUCUAGCUUUGUACUGGCGGAGAGGACGGCAGUAAAGAGCGAGGCAGGAAGCCAGAGAGACUUGGUGGACGCUGUAGCUCACAUUCUUGGUGUGCGGGAUUUGAACAGCGUGAACGCUGAUGCCUCCUUGGCUGACCUGGGCCUGGACUCCUUGAUGGGUGUUGAGGUUCGCCAAACUCUGGAGCGCGACUACGACAUUGUCAUGACCAUGAGGGAGAUUCGCCAGAUCACCAUUAACAAGCUGCGAGAGCUGGCCAGUAGCAAGCCAGGCGGAUCAAAUGAAUCUCACCACACUACAGCUAAGAGAGAUGCUGUUCGCUCUUUGUUGGAGUCUGAUCUGACCCAGUUAUUAGUCAACCCUAACGGCCCCACUGUGACGCCACUCAACAAGGUUCAGAGCCAGGAGAGGCCACUGUUUCUGGUCCAUCCCAUUGAGGGCUCCAUUGCAGCCUUUAAGACGCUCGCUUUCAAGCUUAGCAUGCCUUGCUAUGGCCUGCAGUGCACAAAAGCUGCUCCUCUGGACAGCAUCCAGUCCCUGGCAGCCUACUAUGUGAACUGUAUCAGACAGGUUCAGCCAGACGGGCCUUAUCGAAUCGCUGGCUACUCCUUUGGUGCCUGUGUGGCAUUUGAAAUGUGCUCUCAGCUUCAGACCCAGAAUUGGCCUGUGGAGUACCUCUUUCUGUUUGAUGGAUCACACUCCUAUGUGGCAGCAUACACGCAGAGCUACAGAGCCAAGUUGACACCAGGCAAAGAGUCUGAGGCUGAAACUGAAGCCCUGUGUGCCUUCAUCCAGCAGUUCACUGGCAUCGCGUACAACAAGCUUCUGGAGACUCUUCUCCCACUGUCAGACCUGGGGGCCCGUGUCAACACUGCAGUGGACCUAAUCACCUCCAGCCACAAGAACAUCAGCCGAGACUUGCUGCACUUUGCAGCCACCACCUUCUACUACAAGCUGAAGGCUGCUGAUGGCUAUGUGCCUGUGACAAAAUACCAUGGCAAUGUGACACUACUGCGUGCCAAAACCAGCAGUGAAUACGAACAAAACUUGGGAGCUGACUACAAGCUCAGCGAGGUAUGUGAUGGCAAGGUGUCAGUUCACAUCAUCGAGGGAGACCACCGCACUUUCCUGGAAGGAGAGGGAGUAGAGGCCAUCAGCAGCAUCAUCCAUAGCUCACUGGCUGAGCCACGAGUUACAGCAAGGGAGGGCUAGACAUGCCCAACCCAAACGACACCCUCCACCUUCACACUAAUUCCACAACAUUCCCAAAAUGGGUCUCUUUCUCCAAUUAGUUCAAGUUUAACUUUGUUAUAUCCAGUGAGAAUAAUACCCAGCAUGUUUACGUUCUGUGCCAUUUUGCUCCUAAAAUCCUAAAUGCACCUUACUACUCCUUUUCAAAUCGUAUUGGUCAAUUCAAGCAAUGGACACUCUUCCUAACCUAUCAGAGCUCUUAGCUGGUAUCUUCUUAUUUGGUAAAAAAAAAAUGUGCUUUCAGAUUUUCUAAGUUAUGUCUCACAAUGUACCAUGUUUCUUUCAGCCUUUUAAUUCAGUAAGGAUAGCCAUUUUAAGCAAUUUCGUUAAUCAAUAGUCAGCUUUAUGGUGGUCGUUGACUAAUCAUUAUUCAUUCUUAGUAUUUACGUGGGCUAUGUUCAUAACACAAUCAAAGAAAAUUAGGUUUUAAGAAAGUGUAUUAAUAAAUAUAAGUAAAAUCUCUAUAUUACACAAAACAAAAUAUUUCAUCACUUAAAACUUGUGCAUGCUCCCGCUCCAUCUGUCAACAACACUCGUAAAUUCUUACUGGUUUUAUUUAGGAAAUUAGCCAAUUGUAUCCACUGCAAUGAAGUCUGGUGAGUUGUGAGCACAGUCUGUGCAGCUAGUCCAGCUACUAAACCAUCUGCUCAGGUAUAACCAGUAUCCCAGGGAAGUAAGAAUACUGUUGAGCCAACUUUGCCAGCCCAGGAAGUCUUUGAUUUGGAUAAAUGGGUUUUACAUCCAGAGGAGUAGUAACAUUAGCAUUGUAGCUGCAGCUGUGCUCUCUGUUUUAGUUGACUGGAUAGCUAGCUGACCUUAAGACUGUCAGGUAACAUUGACUCAGUUUGGCUCUGGAGACUGAGCACACAAAGGCAAGCUUAACUCAAUCUGUUCAAACUGAAAAUAUUAAAUAGUAAAGGUACUUUAUUUGUCACAUACACGUACAUGUCGCGAAAUUCAUUCUCUGCAUUUAACCCAUCCCUCAAGGGAGCAGUGAAAGUGAAAAAAGAGCAUCACCAAGUGGGUACAAUACAAUAAAACCGGUAUAGUUUAGAUAGAAUAUGCUCAAGAAAGUCCAGUUUAAACAAUAGAGACAUGGCUCAUGUAUAGUUUCUCUCUCACUGUAUCACAAACCUGUUAAACUGUCAUGGUAAAAUUACUUCUGACAUGUUGCAAAACUUGACCAGAUAUUAUUAGUAUUAGAUUUUUUUCUUCUAUUUUAUUUGUUUAUUUUGUUAAAAAAUAAUUUUGUUUACUUAUUUUUGUUUUUGUUGUUGUUCCAUCAUGUUUUGCCUUGAAGCAAAGCAGAAACUCUGUUGUUCUGAGCCACCCAAAAACCAAAACUCACUGAAAUUACGGAAAGCUAAACAAAUUAUUGUGAUUAAUGUAGUGCAGACAGCUAAUAUUUUAUAAUUAAGAGUAAUUUAACUGAAUGACUUCUAUAGACCAUCUUAUAAAACCGUUUUGACAGAUCAGAUACUUUCAAAUUCAGUCUAUUCACAAGUUUUUUUUUUAUUUCAGUGUAAAGAAUUAUCGAUACCCAAAAAAUACCCUUAUGCACUGAUACUAAUUAAAUAUAAUUAUGAAUGUUUGUAACCAACAGUUCAUUUUUUUUAUCCUGCAGUACUUCAAAUACAAUUUGUAGAAACCAAGAUGUUGCAUUUACCAGACAAAUUCAAAAGAAACUGUUCUUGAAAUAAUCAAUCAAUCUGAUUAAAUGAAAGGGUCAAUCCAGGUCAAUUUUUCCCAGCUGAAAAAACUUUAUUCAACAUUAUUGAGUUUAUUGGUUCCUCUGCAACAAAUGAUUGACUUCUGUGUGACAAGGUGUUGUUCUGACAGCGAAAACAGUUACAGUUUUUGAUAGAACCAUAGUGAUGCACUGAAAAGGUUUGAUAUGUUACUAAAUGUUGCAUCCUUUCCCAAAUCAGCAUUUGGUUGUGAAUAACUACUAAGUAUACUACUAUUCUAUAUGGACAAAACUGACCUGAACAGGAUUUUUGCUGAAAGGCUCUAUCCUCUCACAGCUGUCUCUGGCUCCUAUGACCCUCCUUAAUUUCAUGACCAAGCAGGCAAGCAGUCCAGUCCCACUAUAGCAGUAACAUAUAACCGCCAACCUGAUCUCUGAGACCUCUAAUCUGGUCUAUGAAGGGUCUGGUGACUUCAGGCAAAUGUGAUUGAUUGCAGUGAAAUGGAAUGACAGUACAUGCUCAUCUCUUAUAUUGUAAUAAUAGAAAUACAUGUUAUUUCUAUGAUUGUAAUAUUUCCAGUAUGUAUUGUUAUGAUUAAUAAAGGCCUGUCACUUCAUAA